UUGGAAAAGUCCUUUAUCCUCCUGGGUUAGUCUGCUUUGUGCUACUGUAAGAAAGUACUUGAAAUAAGCAACCUCAUGAGGGAACAGAUUCAUUUUGGCUCACAGUUUCAGGGGCUUCAGCCCAUGGUUGGCUGGCCCGUUGCUUUGGGCCUGUGGUGAGACACCACAUUAUGGUGGGAGAGCCUAUUCACCCCAUGGUGGCUGAGAUGCAAACAGUGACAGGACAGUUUACAGUGUUCCCUCAAGGGCACCCUCAGUGACUGAACUUCUUCCCAUGAGGCUCUACCUCCUAGAGGCUCUUCCAUCUCCAGUCAUGCCCCAAGCUGGAGACCAAGCCUUUACAUGUGGACCUUUGGGGGCUAUUAUCCAAACCAUAGUAUCUCUGUAUCCUGGUUUCUUUGCUUGUCAUUCCAGUCACACUGGUGACAAUACCAUGUGAGUUACCAGCGCGACAGCCAAGAGAGGUGAGAUGUGUCACAUGACAGUAAUAUGAUGUUAUUAAUUCCACAUCCUAUGGACAGGUACUGGGCAGGACAUAUGGAAUUACAACUGGUAAGUGCUGCAGGGCAAGUGUUGAGGUUCUGCAGUGUCGACUCAGACAUUUGGGAGCUAUGUCUAAGCCCAUUAGCUCUUUGGAGGAGGUUGAGCCAAGUGAACAAGUAGGUUUGGAAGACUGGAUAAAGGAGGCAGUUUUGGACAGUGCUUGAAAACAUGAAGAAGAUGACCACAUCAGCAGUCAUGGUAGGCAUGGGGGUUUCCCAUCGUUGCUAAGGCAGGGAGGAGGUAAAGGUACCAAGGAACCUUGGAGCUGAUGUGGGCCCAAGGCAGGGAGGCAGUGGAAAGAGCUCCAAGGUGCCAGUUGGGAUGUGUUGGGCUGGGGUGGAGUGAGGGGUGUUCUGAGCCCUGUCUUCUCUGUUUUCUAGCUGUUGUGACCUUGAACAAAUACCCUUCCUUCUUGAAGUUGCACAGCCUGUAUCUGGAAGUAAUAAUUCCCGUCUCGUGGGGCUGCUGAGAGAACUGAAUGCAGCAGAACAUCUGGGAAGUAGAAGAAUUUAAGAAGUGCAACAUGGCCAGGGGCUGCCUCUGCUGCUUGAAGUACAUGAUGUUCCUCUUCAAUUUACUAUUCUGGCUCUGCGGCUGUGGGCUGCUUGGAGUGGGCAUCUGGCUCUCCGUGUCCCAGGGCAACUUUGCCACCUUCUCCCCCAGCUUCCCCUCACUGUCUGCGGCCAAUCUCGUCAUCGCCAUCGGCACCAUCAUCAUGGUGACAGGCUUCCUCGGCUGCCUAGGGGCCAUCAAAGAAAACAAGUGCCUCCUGCUCAGUUUUUUCAUCGUCCUGUUGAUCAUCCUCCUCGCAGAGCUGAUCCUGCUUAUCCUCUUCUUCAUCUACAUGGACAAGGUGAAUGAGAACGCCAAGCAGGACCUUAAGGAAGGGCUGCUUCUCUACAACACCGAGAACAAUGUGGGGCUCAAGAAUGCCUGGAACAUUAUCCAGGCUGAGAUGCGAUGCUGUGGGGUCACUGACUCCACAGACUGGUACCCGGUGCUGGGGGAGAACACAGUGCCUGACCGCUGCUGCAUGGAGAACUCCCAAGGCUGUGGGCGGAACAGCACCACCCCCGUGUGGAAAACGGGCUGCUACGAGAAGGUGAAGAUGUGGUUCGACGAGAAUAAGCAUGUACUCGGCACAGUAGGGAUGUGCAUCCUCAUCAUCCAGAUCCUGGGCAUGGCCUUCUCCAUGACCCUGUUCCAGCACAUCCAUCGGACAGGAAAGAAGUACGACGCGUGAGCAGGCUGGCAGAGAGCAGCCUGUGGACACUGGGGGAGAGGGGCUGAGCUUAGUGUCUCCCGCCUGCACCUCUCCCUUCCACCACCUGCCUCGCAUGGACUUCUCAGAGGCAGAGGCCAGGGAGGAGGCACGCACAGACUGCAGGGCACUGGGCACCGGGUUCCUGCAUCUGCAAAUUUGCCAAAGACGGCGGGGUGGGUGGGGUAAGGAGGAGGCCGGGACCUGAUGGCUUUCUGCCCCUGCCCUUCCUCGUGCCGCCCAUGCAUCAUCCCUGAGUGGGUAGGGGCAGAGUACUCCCCUGGGGCAGCACUGUCCCCCACACAGGCUACCGCCAUCUGCGUCUGCCCGGCAGAGUCUGCCCGCUGCCAAGCAUGGCCCUGUGCAUCGUGCCGGGCUUUUUAUACCUGACAGUGUAACUUUUUUAUUUUACUCUGAUUUUGAUUAUUCAGGAAUAUUAUCUCUCGGGUAAGUUUAGGGUUAGCUUUCUGAUUUGUAACUUUUUACUUUAUUGAUCUCCUUCACGGUUUGAGUUUCCCUUCCUGUGGGUGGGAUGGGUGGGCAGGGGACAUUGUCCACUCUGCUUCAGGACACACCCCGUGUGACUCGAGUGGUUGUAGGCUGAGCUCCACCAGGCCUUCUGGAGCGCACUGAGGAAGGCCCGGUGCAUCUGGGAUGGGGCAUGGGCCUGGACCCCAUAGACAAAGGACGGAAGAGCGUGAGUCAGUGGCAGGGUACCUGACAGCAGGAGCUCAGCAAGUGUGGGGCAGGGGCUUGGCGAGCACUUUGCCAGGAACUUGGCUGGAGCUGUCAGAGUCCUGCCCUUCCCAUGGGUGAGCAGCGGGUGGUGUUUCCUCCUGCCGCCCUCUGCUCUCUGCUGCCCCUGCAAGGCAGCUCACCCUCCUCCUGGGUGCUGUCCCCGAGCCAGUCUGAGCUCUGUGACUUCCAGACAUUCCUGCUGUAGACUCCUAGAUGACACUUCUGGCCUGGAUCCGCCCUCACCUUGCUGUGGGACAGGGAAGCAGUCCUCAUGUCUGGCUGCUCGGAUGACAGCAGAGGGCCUGGGAGCCUCAGGAGGGGAGGUGGAACUGGCCGCAUUCAUGGGGCUGCUGACUACCCUGCCCGCAUCUCCUUCCCAGUCCCCACUGCUGUCAGCAGGGGUCUGGAUGGCCGUCACAUCCUGUGUGAUCCCACAAAGUAAGAAAGCCCACCAGGCCAGGCUGACCCGUCACAGCAUUUCUGGGGAAAAAGUAGCAUGGGCAUGAACGGUGGGGUGGUGUUGAGAGGUGGUUGAGCUGCAGCAGGACACCCCGUCAGAGUCAGUGGGGCUGAGCUUGGAAAGUGUGCCACCACCAGGUGGGGACUGGGUCUUCACUGGGCACUGCUUCUGCCUACCAGAGCAGGUCUCCCCUGCCGGCUUUUCCCUGGGGCCGAGACCCCCCCCCCUCCAGCUACCCCGAAAUCCUCCUCCACGCUUAAGUAACACACAAGUCAGGACCAGGGUGUUUCAGGACUCCUGUUUUGGUGAUGGGAGGUGGAGAGAUGGAUGGUCUCAGCAGGUUGGGCAGAGGCAGGAAUGUGGCGUGGAUGGAAUUGCUGGGAAGGCAGGAUGGGGCAAGUGCACCUUUGAGCAAAGUUGCCUUUCCCUGUAUUCUUCUGGUGCUUUUCCUGGUGAGGAGCAAGAGCUGCCUCCCUUCAGAAUGAGAGGGCAGGGCGGACCCAUCAUCACACAUUUGGCAGAGUGUUGGUGCUGCACAGGCCCUGCUGUGUGAUGUUUCUGCUGUGGGAGGGUGAGUGGGUUUAUUUAUGCCUAUCAAUGCAAUUGUUAAUUUUUGCUAAUAGCAGCAGCAGCAUUGAGACAUAUAGCCUCCCUGGCAUCUUCGGUUUCUGGAGCCUUGGCCACAGCCACCCUUUCCCCCACCUCAUGCAUCCGUCCCAGACCUUCGUCUGUAGGCUGCCUUCGUGCCCCGCUGAGCACAGCUGCUGAGCUGUUUGGCUGAGGCUGCAUGGGCAGUCUCACACACAGAGUGGUUGUUGUCCUGAGUCCUUGCCCAUCCCAGGCCACCUGGAAGGCCACACUGAGUGAUGCCACAGGGGUGGUUCAGCGUCUUUUCGGGUUCUCCUGACCAUGACCUCACGGGGGGAAUUCCAGAGUGACACCCUCACUCUCAGCUCCCUGGCUGAGGUCAAAGUUAGCUCCGUUCCAUCAGGGCUGAUGCAAGCAGUUGACAGACCUGACUCAGAAAGGCCCCUCAGAUUUGUGGGUGACUUCCAGGGAAUGCCCGAUGCAGACUCAGCCUUUCUCUGUGGCAUCUUGUGGAGGGGCUGCAGACUGCCCUGGGUGGCCAGCAGUAGGCGGCAGCCACCCAUCACCCAGCCAGCCUGGCCCUGCACCCGGGCCCUCACCCUGGAGAGGCUGCUGACCACCUCCUAGGCUCCUUGCACGUGUCUGAUUGGAUGUGGAGCUAGGUGGCCAUGCCUCCGGCUGUGGUGGCCAUAGAGCAGCUCAUGUGGCUGGAAGGGGCGUCCCCUCCUCCCGCCCUGCCCACCCUCUGGUGGAGGUGCUAAUUAGCGGGGACAGCACAGGAUGGGAGCCGGGUGCAGGCUGCUUGGGGCUUGUUCUUGGCCCCUCAGCCCUUCAGCGUCGGGCAGCUCCCCUGGUCCCUGUUCCCUCAUCUUCCCCUCUGCUGCAGUGAGGCCCUGGUCCAGGUCCAGUGUGUCCUGCCCCUGCCCUGCCUACACCCCAGUGCUGCUCACCUGGCCCAGGGCAGUGGGGGAGCCGGAGAGCACACUUCUCGGUUUCUGAUGCACUUUUCUGUUGUGCUGCCUGUCUGUACACCUCCUCAUCCCAGUCCCGGCUUUGUUGGACACUAUAUUUUUAGCAUGUUUUUAAAUAAAACCGGAUAGUGUGUCAAAAGCACACUGGGCAGUC